UCUCCAGUUGCAUUGCAGGACUCGAGGAGCCGCUCAGCCUAGUCAGGGACUUGUAGCGAGCCCUCGGCCUGUGGAAGGGAAUGAGUGUGGUUGGCGUGAGUGGCAGUCUUUCCGUAGCUGGCGAAUCCUUCCGUGGAUGGACGGGCAGAAGGAUGAAAGGGCCGUGCGGAGAGAGCCUGACUUUCCUGGGGGUGUGUGCUUGUUUUUCGGCCAGGCCCAUGCUCUCGGGUAGUGUGUGUUGCCUUUGAGUGAAAACCUUGGUUUUGGCAGUCAGAGUAGCAAGGCCAAAAGCAGAGGUGGGCUGUGAGGCUGGCGAGUGAGUGGCCCCUGCUGAGGGGGGACGGCCCAAGAGGCUGGUGCUUCCUGGAGGAGUCUCCAGGCCAUCUGCAGAGCCGCCUGGCAGGCUGUGGGCUUGUGUUAGGCAACUUGACACUGACCCCAUUCAUUCUCUCUUAUCACCCGCUUGUUGCACCUGCCUAAGUGCUGAUUUACAAAGAACACCUUGAUUACAUUAUUCUCUACACACUUGCCUUGAGGCAUCAGGAGCAGUAAUACUGCUUGUAGUGCGCCUUUCCCAGGUGGGGGGAAGCUGGAGGUUCAUGGCUUGGGUAAGUACACACUUGCUGUGCAUGGUGACGUAGGCUAAGGCAAACGGUUGUUUUCCUUGUUCAUUACAAUGAAGAAUUUUGCCCUGUUCCCUGAAACAGAAUUGCUUUUCUUGAGUGGUAAAAAUACUUUGGUGGCAAAGCUCAUGGUGCCACGUAAGCAGCUGUCAUGUCACUGACCACACUCAGAGGUUUUCAUAGGACCGACCGUCUUCCCCAAGAAGAGCUUCUGUCAUUGCCUCACUACAGGGGCUGCUAACUGCGCUACUCUGGUGUACGGAGUUCUUGCAUCCGGGCAUCACGGUAGUCCCCUCCUUCCAUUCUGAUUCGGGCUCCAGCACAGGUCGUGUCAGGGAAGCAGCCAGGAGUUGUUGGGGAUCUUUUCUGGUGCAUGUUCAGUUCUCUAAGGCCAAGUGCAUUGGGGUGCCAGUCUUGCAUCACCAGGAGCAUCUGAGAGUCCUCCCACCCUUCAGAAGGGGGGAAAGUUCCCUUUCCCUGAUAACUAGUAAGCGGUGCUUUCUGGCAAGUGCUGUCCAACUAAUAUCCCCUCCUUGUGCAGAAGGAAAUCCUUGACAGCCCAAGGCCAAACCGUGUCCAUAACUAAUGGAAACAUUUGGGAACACAUUCAGAUCUCAGUGGACAAUUUAAGAAGUGGAAAUGUCAGUAAGAGGUGGUGGGAGCAAGGCUGAUCGUGUGCAUUGGCACUGGGCACAAGCCUAUGCCCCCCUCAGGCUCAGGCCCUUCUAAGGAGCCCCCCUUUUCUAUGGGUGCACCUGAUGUGUAUCUUUGGGCGUAUUUUUUUCCAACUUGAAUAAACGAAGCCUUAAGCUAGCAUGUACAAAACAGUCUGCCAGUCAUGUAAAAUCCUUUUAUUGCCCCUCCUCCUCCAGGCCUCAGAAAGCCUCUAAUUAUGUCAAGACAGUGAAACACAAGGCUUUUUAACCUCUGGCUUACUUACUGUAGUUUUUUUCAAGAUAAUAAGCUUCCCCAGAGGCUCUUUUGAUGUCCACAUGCUAGAGCUGCUCUCCAGGGGCCACUGACUCCCUGGAGUGUGGGAGGAGGGCCAGUCACUGUCUUUAAGAUCUGACGGGCCGGGCCUGUGGGCACCAACAGUGUGUCCGAUGCCUUUACUUCUCAGGGGCACCUUUUGAGCCUUUAUCAGUUGCCCAUUCAAGUCAAGUCCUGCUCGGGGACUUGCGGGGAAAGGCUUAGCAUUCACCCUGUGGAUGUUGGGGAGGCUACCUCUGCCAGCACUCCGUGAAUGCUAACUCUCCUCUUGGGAGCCUUUUAGGGGAAGGGAGAGUGGGAAGCCAUUAGAGGUAAGUCUCCCCCUCUUCCCCCUGUCCCCAGCCGGCCGGCCGCUUCUUUCGGGGGGGAGGCAGGGGAGGCUCUCUCUGUAGUGGGACCAAUGACAGAAGCUGUUCUCUAGAAUUUUCAGGAUGGCUGUAGCCUGCGGUCAGAAUGAGAGAAUCAAGCUGGGCAGACUCUCGCCAAGAGUACAGGUUGCUGACUAUUGGCAUUUGGGCAGAGGUGGUUAGAAGGAAAGAGGCCAGUCCACCUACCUGCUGUCUUUUUCGCCUUCCUUUGGAGGACACUGUUGGCAACAAUCACGUGGUGGUACUGCCCUGCCUGCCCGCUUACUGAGUUACUUCACAGGAGGAGAAAAGGGGCUUUGGCCCUGACCACUCAAUGACUCCGUUCCACAUUGAAUUGGAUUGAAUACUGGAAAAGAAGCCAAUCUCCUCCCUAGUAAACUCACAACCCAACCGUAUGCAGGCAGAUUGUGACCAAAACCCUGGAGGCCAGCCCGAAACCCAGGGAGGGGAGAGGUGGAGUACAGUAGCUCCAUCUUGGGGAUAUCCCAGAUUCUAAUGGGUGUUCACUAUUAAUGAGAAAUGCCAGUUAUCCAGGAGGAAUUCUGGGCAUUGCAUUAGUGCCUCCCCCUCCCCCAGGAAAAAACCAUCCCCGUGACUCAGUUCCCCCUCGUCCUUGGGUGCUGGCUUUACAGCUACAUUUGACUGUUAUCUAGUGAGUUUUUUUCUUGUUCAGUGAGGUUUUCUUCCUUCAGGGGUUGGGGUAUGGCUUGGUUCAUUCUUCCCUUUUUUCUUCUUUUUUCCCCCUCCCCCAAGAUCUGUUUUAGCUGCAAAGACUUGAAAAGACUGAAGGGCUUACAUCCCCAGUGCUUCAUUGGGGCCUUGAGCUCUGUGACCCUUCUGCAGGCAGCAGCCGAGGAACUCCUUGGGCUCUUCCUGAACCAGUAGUCCCAGCCACUGGGAGCAGGGCAGCUCUUUAGGGAGUUUUUCUUAGCCCCUUUGCAGUAAGGUCUUGAUGAGAGCAGCUCUUUUCCUCACCCUCUUGCCAAGUCCCCGAGGCGCCACUCCUCGAGCUGAGCCGGGGGCAGGGGAGGUGGGGUGCUGCUGCCGCCAGCUUCAUGUCAUCCCCGCGGACUCUUGGUUCUCUUCUGUACCCCCGAUGUGUGUGUAGUUCAAGAACAGUGUCCCAGGCUAGCCCUGUACAACACUCUGUAUGUUUACAUUGUAUGUUACUGCAAUGCUCCCCCUGUACAGCCAUGUGAGAUGCUCUUUGAAUAUGGUCCUUGUGUUUUUUAUUUUCAAUAAAAGUGCGUUACUUCUCAGUUGCUGGUAUUUAAUACUGCUGCUGAAUGUGCCUUGUAUGAGUGUGUGUGCUCCCGCGUCACAGGCCCCCAGAGCCGGAGGUGGCCAGCGGUGGUCCUGCUUUCCCUCUGCAGGUGGUGUUGAGAUAUGCUACCUGAGGUAACAUGUUUUUGUUUUGGGGAGGGAGUAGGGAGUUUUUGUUUUGGGGAGGGGUGGGCCUGUGGGGUGGGGAAGGCGGUUUUGUCUGCCCUUCUGUACUAUUCUAUUAAAUUGCUGAUGUUUAUUUUCAGGAGUGUUUUGCAAAAUGUUCUUCCCACUCUUCCCCAGUACAACUGCCUUUAUGGUGAAGCACCUCCUGGAAUACACGCAGGGGACAGAGUCCAAUCUCCUCUACAGUUUGCUCUUAGUCUUGGGUCUCUUCCUCACGGAAGUUGUCCGUUCUUGGUCACUGACAUUAACAUGGGCGUUGAACUAUCGGACUGCAGUGCGCCUUCGAGGAGCAAUCUUGACCAUGGCAUUUAAGAAGAUUCUGAAGCUCAAGAAUAUUAAAGAGAAGUCCCUGGGGGAGCUCAUCAACUUGUGUUCCAGUGAUGGCCUGAGGAUGUUUGAGGCAGCAGCAGUGGGCAGUUUAUUAGCAGGUGGCCCCAUUGUUGCUAUCUUGGGCAUGGUUUACAACGUAAUUAUUCUGGGACCAACGGCCAUCUUAGGAUCACUUGUUUUUCUCCUUUUCUACCCAGCAAUGAUGUUUGUGUCCCGGCUCACUGCCUAUUUCAGAAGAAAAGCUGUGGCUGCCACAGAUGACCGAGUACAGAAAAUGAAUGAAGUUCUCAACUACAUUAAAUUUAUUAAAAUGUAUGCUUGGGUUAAAGCAUUUUCUCAGAAUGUCCAAAAAAUCCGAGAGGAGGAGCGCAGGAUUUUGGAGCGGGCUGGAUACUUCCAAAGUAUCUCUGUUGGAGUGGCCCCCAUCGUGGUGGUCAUCGCCAGUGUGGUGACAUUUUCAGUUCACAUGAUCUGUGGCUAUGAUCUCACUGCUGCUCAGGCUUUCACUGUGGUUACUGUGUUCAAUUCAAUGACAUUCGCUUUGAAAGUGACCCCAUUUUCAGUGAAGUCCCUUUCAGAAGCAUCCGUGUCUAUUGAGAGAUUUAAGAGUUUAUUUCUAAUGGAAGAGGUUCACAUGGUAAAGAACAAACCAGCCAGUCCUCACAUCACGAUAGAGGUGAGAAAUGCCACUUUGGCGUGGGACUCCUCCCACUCCAGUAUCCAGAACUCGCCAAAACUGACCCCCAAAAUGAAAAAGGGCAAGAAGUCAGCCAAGGGCAAGCGCGAGAAGGCCAGGCUGCCCCAUGCAGAGCAGCGACAGGCUGUGCUAGCUGAGCAGAAGGGUCAUCUCCUGGUGGACAGCGAUGAUCGUCCCAGCCCAGAGGAAGAAGGCAGGCCCAUCCGCCUGGCCAACCUCCGCCUGCAGAGGACACUCUACAGCAUUGACCUGGAGAUUGAGGAGGGAAAACUGGUUGGCAUCUGUGGCAGCGUGGGAAGUGGGAAAACCUCCCUCAUUUCAGCCAUCCUGGGCCAGAUGACCCUCCUAGAGGGCAGCAUUGCUGUUAACGGAACCUUUGCUUAUGUGGCCCAGCAGGCCUGGAUCCUGAAUGCCACUCUGAGAGACAACAUCCUCUUUGGGAAGGAGUUUGAUGAAGAAAGAUACAAUGCUGUGUUGAAUGGCUGCUGCUUAAGACCUGACCUAGCCAUCCUUCCCAACAGUGACCUGACAGAGAUUGGUGAGCGUGGAGCCAACCUGAGCGGAGGACAACGCCAAAGGAUCAGUCUGGCUCGAGCCCUGUACAGUGACAGGAGUAUCUACAUCCUGGAUGACCCCCUCAGUGCCUUAGAUGCCCACGUGGGCAACCACAUCUUCAAUAGUGCCAUCAGAAAAUACCUCAAGUCCAAGACUGUCUUGUUCGUCACUCACCAGCUUCAGUACCUGGUUGACUGUGAUCAAGUGAUCUUCAUGAAAGAGGGCUGUAUCACAGAGCAAGGCAGCCAUGAACAGUUGAUGAACCUGAAUGGCGAUUACGCUGCCAUUUUUAAUAACCUGCUUCUGGGAGAGACUCCCCACAUUGAGAUUAUCUCCAAAAAAGAAACAAGCGGUUCACAGAAAAAGCCACAAGACAAGGGCCCCAAAGUGGGGUCCGUGAAGAAGGACAAAGUAGUGAAGGCUGAGGAAGGGCGUCUGAUUCACCAAGAGGAGAAAGGGCACGGCUCCCUCCCCUGGUCUGUAUAUGGCACCUACAUCCAGGCCGCCGGUGGCCCCGUGGCCUUCCUGGUCAUCCUGUCUCUCUUUAUCCUGAACGUGGGCAGCACAGCCUUCAGCACCUGGUGGUUGAGUUACUGGAUCAAACAAGGCAGCGGGAACACGACGGUGACAAGGGGGAACGUGACCCUGCUGAGUGACAGUAUGAAGGACAACCCCCACAUGCAUUACUAUGCCAGGGUCUAUGCCCUCUCCAUGGCACUCAUGCUGAUUCUGAAGGCCAUUCGGGGAGUCGUCUUCGUCAAGGGAACGCUGAGGGCCUCCUCCAGGCUCCAUGAUGAGCUUUUCCGAAGGAUUCUUCGAAGCCCCAUGAAGUUCUUUGAUACGACUCCCACGGGAAGGAUCCUCAAUCGUUUCUCAAAGGACAUGGACGAAGUUGAUGUCCGCCUCCCAUUCCAGGCUGAAAUGUUCAUCCAGAAUGUUAUCCUGGUAUUUUUCUGUGUUGGUAUGAUCGCAGGAGUCUUCCCCUGGUUCCUGGUGGCAGUGAUGCCCCUCCUCAUUUUCUUUGCAGCUUUACACAUUCUCUCCAGGGUUCUGAUUCGAGAGCUCAAACGCCUGGACAACAUCACCCAGUCCCCAUUUCUGUCCCACAUCACCUCCAGCAUCCAGGGGCUCGCCACCAUCCAUGCUUAUAACAGAGGACAGGAAUUUCUGCACAGGUACCAGGAGCUCCUGGAUGACAACCAGGCUCCCUUCUUCUUGUUCACCUGUGCCAUGCGAUGGCUGGCCGUGCGGCUGGACGUCAUCAGCAUUGCCUUGAUCACCACCACAGGGCUAAUGAUUGUCCUCUUGCAUGGCCAGAUCUCCCCAGCCUAUGCAGGGCUUGCCAUCUCCUACGCAGUCCAGCUGACCGGCCUCUUCCAGUUUACAGUUCGUCUGGCAUCAGAGACUGAAGCUCGAUUCACAUCAGUGGAAAGGAUUAAUCACUAUAUUAAGACUCUUGCCUUGGAAGCGCCUGCUCGAAUUAAAAACAAGGCUCCCCCUCCAGACUGGCCUCAGGAAGGAGAAAUUGUCUUUGAGAAUGCAGAGAUGAGGUAUCGAGAGAACCUUCCUCUGGUCCUAAAGAAAGUAUCCUUCACCAUCAAACCCAAGGAGAAGAUUGGCAUUGUGGGACGGACAGGCUCAGGGAAAUCCUCUCUGGGGAUGGCCCUCUUCCGCCUGGUAGAGCUGUCAGGAGGCUGCAUCAGAAUCGAUGGAGUGAAGAUCAAUGACAUAGGUCUUGCUGACCUCCGCAGCAAACUCUCCAUCAUUCCUCAGGAGCCAGUGUUGUUCAGUGGCACAGUCAGGUCCAAUUUGGAUCCUUUUAGCCAGUACAGUGAAGACCAGAUUUGGGAUGCCCUAGAAAGGACGCAUAUGAAAGAAUGUGUUGCUCAGCUACCUCUGAAACUUGAGUCUGAAGUGCUGGAAAAUGGGGAUAACUUCUCGGUGGGGGAAAGGCAGCUUCUGUGCAUCGCCAGAGCCCUGCUGCGGCGCUGCAAGAUUCUGAUACUGGAUGAAGCAACGGCAGCCAUGGAUACAGAGACCGAUUUACUGAUUCAGGAAACCAUCCGGGAGGCAUUUGCUGACUGCACCAUGUUGACGAUCGCUCACCGCCUACACACCGUCCUGGGCUCAGACCGCAUCAUGGUGCUGAUGCAGGGACAGGUGGUGGAAUUUGACACCCCGUCCGUGCUUUUGUCCAAUGAUAGCUCCCGAUUCUAUGCCAUGUUUGCCGCUGCAGAGAACAAAGUUGCUGUCAAGGGCUGAUGUCCAUGGAUGGGUGCUGCUGCCUGGAACAUCAUCUAACAUCCCCUGCCUGGGGCAGGGAAUGCAUCACUUUUCCUCCUAUUGAAACCCAGAUCUUGCAUUGCCCAAUUUUUAAAAUUUUGACACAGCAGUCAAGACUGGCUUGUGUUUCACUAUAAGGGAGAUUCACGUUUUAAUUAUUGUAUUUAUUCCAUAUUCAUACAAACUAAACUUGUUUUGUCCUUAAUUGCACUCUAAAGGUUCAGGGAACUGUUACUAUCAAUGUCUCAGAGGCCUAGAAUGAAGCUUUAUCCAUGUAGCUCUCAACACAAUCCUGUAGAUAGCCGACGUGACAGUGGAAAUGUUCGCUCUAUUUUCCAUUCAAACGAGCACUGUGCUAAUAGGGCGUCCUCCUUUCUGUCCUUUUGUACAGUUUGCUGUGCUGAGGUCUCGUUUGGCUCUCAGGCUGUAUAAAGGUUGGCAUUUGCUUUUUUUAAAAGCGGGUCUCUUUCUUCACGGUGGCAGUCUUCUGCAUGUCAGAACGGACGUCCCAGGGUGGCAGGGUCGGGCGAGAGGCCGGAAGCACUCGGGGCUCCUGCUUCCCCUCUGGCGCCAGGAGCAGGCGCAGCCGACGGGCAGGGGUGGCCGAGAGAAGGCACUUGGCUGUCAGUCACGUGAGCUCCUGGCCGGCUGGCGCUGGGUGUUUGCCGCUGCCGCCAGAUGGUACAUUGACGUCCUGUUGGCCUCCGCCCGGACCCCCUCCGCCACUCUGUGAUAGAAUUCAGGAUUUCGUUUUCUUUAUUGCGGUAAAGAAUCGUCUCAAUCCAAAGCCUGCAACACAUUGAACAGCUCCUGCUCACGGAUCCGUCACACUGAAGUAGAAGCUGCUUUGUUUGUCCUUUUUUAACUGUAAGAGACCUACCUCCGGUGGCUGACGACUGCGUGCUACGAUGCCUACAGUACAUUUCCGGGAACCGCCCGGCCCGCGGGCCUCGCUCGGACGGACGGGGCGGCGGCUGCCCGCCUGGCAGCGAUUGGCUGAGGGAUCGGCACUGCAUGUUACUGUCUGCUAGACAAUUUGUAACCUUAGCAUGUUGCUAAAUUCCUUGUGGAGACAAAGAUCUGGGGGGUGACGAAUAAAACUAUUUUGGGUUUUACAAA